AUGUCGUAUUUUUGGAAAGUCUUAUUGGUUAUAAUUGUGUUUAUAAAGCAAGAAGCUGAUUUAGCUUUAACUCUGCGAAAGUUUGUUCAUCAGAAGGAUAUGUCGGAACAUUGCCGGAGGCGCGUGAUGCCCUCAGUAUUUCUUGGCAAACAAGUGGUGGACGCGUAUUCACAAAUUUUGCAUUUCUCACAACUGGAACUACCCUACAGUUGCUUUAUUGGUGUCAGAACGGAGUCUGGUAGUAAUAUAAUACUGGUAAUUCAGCUGGUCUCCAACAAAACCCUGAUAGAUUCAUGCCGUAAAAACAAAAACCAGCUUCUAGUUUAUGAAUUAGGGGAGACGUUCGGUGGUUAUUGGGGCGCCUUGCCCCAUGGUAUUAUGGACGCGAAGCCCAAGGAAGAUGAACAACAGUAUACAAUAAAAACUACCCAACCUACGACUACCACGGAAAAGAAGACAACCACUCAUACACCACCUCCUACAACGUCGACAACAGAGUCGGAGGAACUUAAACCUGUGAAGCAACCAAAGGAUUACAUUGUGGAGAUACCCAUUGUCAACGUGUCUUUUCAAUUGGUGCCCGGACAACUGCCACCCAAAGCCAUCUUCGACACUGAGGACAGUUUCGAUAAAUUUUUUGAUGUUAAGCCAUGGCCUAAUAUUACUUACAAGACGACGGUGCUGCCUCUGCUGCAAUUCUCGUUGGAAGACGAAGACGUAGGGGGUGCGUUGCGCACUCCCGUCGCUGUGGAACCUGAGCUUCCGGAGUUCCAAGUCGACUUCAAUUCCGAUAUAUUCACACCAGACUACAGAUUGCCUUACCCGGUAUUUAAUUUGCCGACUAAACGUCCACAACAUAAGUAUAACGUGAAUCAUAGACUUAACUUUAAUAAAAAUAAAAUGUUGCUGGCUGAAAAACAAUCGUUAUUCUUGAAGACAUCUUUACCUAUGUUUCCAUAUCAUACGUUCGUGUCACGGCCUCAAGACGUAUUCACUAGCCAUUAUCGUACUUCACAAUCUCCGUUAAAUAAGAAACAUUCUGAGUCAUGGGAUGCAGUUAACGCAAUUUUGAAAAACCUGAAUAGAUCUGAACAUGUUGCUGGUAAAACGAAAGUUGAUGAUACAGUGGCUAAACUUUUACAAGGACUUGCGAAAAUUGGACACAAUGUAACUGGCUUAGCAGUAAACACGUCGAGUGUUAAACCAUCAGUGACGGCGUCAUGGCAUAGCACGACGGAGUACAAAACCGACUCCAUCACAUGGAGACAACCGUCGGCCACGUAUCGGACAAAUUACUUAGAUGAUGAAAUAGAGGAACCAGUGACAACACAAGUUUCCAGCAGUACGGCAAGUAACAUAGAUGACAGCAUUGGGCUUCUGCUGCCAAUUGUAGGCAUAGACACAGUUAUAUUAAAUAUAACACAACCGGAGACAAAUGAACCAUCAACUUUGAAUGAGUCUGAAUCGACCACUUUAGCCACAACCUCAAUAGAAAAGUCUUUGACUCUACUAGACCACGAGUCGUGGGAGAACAUGGUACACGCGGCGUCUCUAAUGGCGGUCGCGCUGAACCAAUCCGUCACGGCCCGCGAGGACGUUGACACGCAGGGAGACAACGUCAACGUCACCAUAUCGACACUAAGGCAAGUACUGUCAACAACUCACUGAAAUAUAUCCUAUAUAGUAGGUAUCUUUGUAUAAUAACUAUCGCAAGCCAAACUAAAUUCAAUAUAAAUAAUGGUUUACAUAUGUAAAAUGAAAUAAAUAAAAUGCAAUGAAACGAACGAAUAAGAAAACUCAGUCAUUUUACGUAGUUCUAUUACUUGUUCAGUUUUACUACUAAUAAAGCUUUACUACUAGUUUCCAAUCACAACGAACACUGGUAGACAUUUUCUCCGCCAUUUUACAUGAUUAAACCGUUAUUUUAAAAACCAUGUAGUUUGAACCCGGCGAAAUAAAAUUGAGAUAACCAUUUGAAUACAGGUUGGUAACUAUACCUAGUAAUUAGUGGGUUACAAAAUAAAAAAAUUAAACAAGUCAAUGGAUUUGAUAGUUCAAUUACGCUUUCACACUGAUAAAAAAUUAUAAAUUGAAAUAUUGAUAUUAAGUACCUACGUGGA